GCAGCACUGAAUUCAGGCUGUGCCCAGCAGUGCUGACGUGCUCAGCAUCCCCUCUGCAGAGGACACAACCUCUCUCAUCCUCACAUUAUUUGAGUCAGAGCUGUCCUGGCCCGAGCCCAAUGCACUGCUGAACCCUGGUUUGCUGUUAUUACAAAUUAGCAUUGCUGCCUGGUAAUUAAACACCGCUCUAAUUUAUAUCAUUUUUCUACAUAACCUUCAGGGUUUGGAAAUGCCAUACAGAUGAUACACUGGAACAAGCUAACUUUUCAUGCAAGCCAAGCUUUCUGUCCUACAGGAGUCCAUAACAAAUGCAAUCAGCAGCUGCACACUGGGAUGCAGCAACCAAUGUUUGCACCUCACGAAGCCCAGGGAGGGGGAUGCUGCCUUUGUUCCGCAGGCACCUGCAUGCUUGCAGACCCUCCUGCAGCUCCUCUGACCCAACGCUGUGUGCUGGCUCAGGAGCAGCACUGACCCUGCUCUGCUUUGCCUGCAGCACAGAGCGUGCCCUUGCGCAUCCUCUAUGAGCAGUAUGGGCCCAACCUGACCCAGGACAACAUGAUCAAAGUGGUGGCUCUGCUGACUGAGUACGAGAGUGGCGACAGCGUGGUGGCCAUCAGGGAUGUCUACAUCCAGAACCCGGAGAUCAAGAUCAGGAUUUUAGGGGAGCCGAUGCAGGAGCGGAAGCUGGUGGCAGAGAUCACACUGGUGAACCCACUGGCAGAGCCGCUGAACAACUGCACGUUCGUGGUGGAAGGCGCCGGCCUCACUGAGGGGCAGAGGAUCGAGGAGCUGUAAGAGCCACAGCCGGGUGGUGG